UGCAGAAGUUGUUGACAGUUGCGUGAAUGGAGCCGAGUGAAUCGCCUGCUUCCAGUGACGGGGACUCCUGGUUCUGGGUCCUCCUGAUUUUAGAGGUCAUUGUUGUGAUCUCACUCUGCUUAUGGUGUUACUGUGAGAAAGGUGUCCGUUUACGGGACAUCCCCGGACGUCUGUUUGACCGAUUUUUCAAAUCUUAUGGUACGGUCCCGCGGACUCUGUACUGCCAAGUGCAGAGUUACGGUCAGGGCAAUGUCCACCACGAAAUUGUGAAAAGGCUGAACAUUAUUGAAGGACAAGGUUUUCCGCUUGUUCUCUUUGUCUACAAAGCGACCCGUGAAACUGAGGAUCUCCGCAACGCCCUGCAAUGGAUUGAAGGCAAAGGAGAGAAAAGAGAAGACAUCUAUGCUGCGAUCCUGUUGGAAAAGUGUUUGGAUAAACAGAAGAAGCCAGUGGAAGUUGCUCACCAGGGAGUGUUUGACGCUAACACUGUGGCUGUGCGAAUUCUCUACCAACAACAGCGGAAUGCACCUGAUAAGAUUCUGGAUUGUCCCAGUAACAGGGAGGCGAUGGAAAAAGUCAGAUGGAGCAUCACUGAUUUUCAAAAGGAAGAAAGGUUGCAAACAGGUUCUACAAGAGAAGGCUGGUGAUCACCUGAACCACUCAGUGUAUGUGGAAUUUGCUGCCUGCACUCAGCAUCAAAUGCACUGCUGCUCCCUAUUUCUGCCCUGACCUGUGCUGGACAUAUCAUUGAAGGCAAUGGGUCUCGUUUCAAGAAAAUCUGACUCCAGAAACAGACUACAUCUAUGGACGUUCACCCAGAACAGCAGCAAUUCUUCACAGCUAUUGUGCUGAAAGUUUCUUAUGCUCCCUGCUUAGACCUUUUUCUUGUACUCUAAUCUUUAUUAGUCAAAGAAAAAUCCUGUAAUCUGUACUCCACUUUGUCACUGAGUUUAUAACCUGAUAAACCCACCUUCAGUGAAGCCAGAGUCAGCUAUCACAAGUGCUAUUCAGCAGAAUGUUCAACACCAUGACCCAUUACUUCUGCCUCUACUGUCUCUCCACCCAUGCUGCCUAUCCCAGCACUAUGUGCCCUUACCUGCUGCAAUUUUUCUGUGUCCUCCUUGCACUUUUUCCUCCAGUGACCACGUGCCUUUUCAGCCCUCAAGGUAUUUGGGACAGGUUGGGAUAGAUGUGAUUGAUAGUACUGGAAUAUGAACAGUCCCAAGAAGGGGAGUUGAUACUGAAGUUGCUGGUACUGGUACUGGAGUUGAUUGCUUAGCGAUUCUUUGUUACUUUUGAAAGUUUUCCCAGUCUUCCAGCUUGUCACUACUCUUGACAAAUUUAUACAUAUGAGCUUUUAAUUUGAUGCAUUCCUUUAUUUCCUUAGUUACUCAUGGUAGGCUCUCCCAACCCUACUGUCCUUGCUUUUAACUGGAAUAUACUUUUUUUGAGAACUGUGUAAACUCUCUGAAAGUCUUCCACUGUUCCUCAACCAGCCUACCUUCUAACCUGUGUUCCCAAUCUACCCUAUCCAACUCCUCCCCCAUCCAUUGUAGGCUCCCAUAUUUAGGCAAAAUACACUGGUUUUGGAUCGAACUAUUGCACCCUCCAUUUGUAAGAGAAACUCAAUCAUACCAUGAAAACUCUUUCCAUGAGGAUCCCUAAUUAGAUUGCUAAUUUUACCUGUCUCAUUGCACAGGACCAGAUCCAAGGUAAUACAUUCCCUUGUGGGUUCAGUAACAUGUUGUUCAAGAAAGCCAUCAGGGAUCCAUUCUAUGAAGUCAUCCUCAAGACUGCCUCAACCAAUUUGAUUCACCCGAUCUAUGUGCAAGUUAGUCCCCCAUGAUAACUGCUAUUCCAUCGUUACAUGCCUCAGAUAUUUCUCUCUUUAUUACCUGUGCCACUGUAAUAUUAUUAUUCCAUUGCCAAUAUACAGCUCCCACAAGCAUUUUUUCCCUUUAUUAUUCCUAACCUCUACCCAGAUGGAUUCAGCAUUCUGCUCCUUACAUCUUAUAUCACCUCUUGCUAUUCCCCUGAUCUCAUCCUUAACUACCCCACCUCCCUUAACUUCCUGCCUAUCCUUCCAUAUUACCUGAUAUCCUUGGAUAUUUAAUUCAUAAUCCUCUCUAACCUUCAACCACAUCUCUAAUGGCCAAUAAAUCAUUACCCUUCGUACUGAUUUGUGCCACAAAGUCCACUGACCAUAUUAUGAAUACUAUGGGCAUUCAGAUAAAGUGCACUUACACUAAUUGUGCCUUCACAAUCUAGUAAUAAUUGUCUCUUAUGCACUUCACUGUUCUACAGUCCACCCUUACUUUUCUCUUUUUUUUAACUUUUGCUUUUUCUUUAUCUUUAUCCACCUUCUCCUCCACUGAUCCCCUGAUGAGGACUACACGGACCUCUGCUUUCCUCCUCCUGCAGUCAAUUAUCAUCUCCUUGCUCUUGCUGACAUUGAGUGAGCUGUUGUGGCAUCACUCAGCUAGAUUUUCAAUCUCCCUCCUAUAUGCUGAUUUGUCAUCACCUUUGAGUUGGCUAAUGAAACUGGUGCUGUCAGGAAACUUAUAUAUGGCAUUGGAGCUGCACUUAUCUUCACAGUUGAAAGUUUAAAGCGAGUAGAGCAAGAGGUUGAGCACACAGCCUUGUAUUGCACCUUUUCUGACGAAUGUUGUGGUGGAGGAGAUGCCAAUUCCAAUCUGACUGGUACCUGCAAAUGAAAAAUUUAAGAGCCUAACUGCAUAAGGAGGUAUAUAGGUCAACGUCUUGAAGCUUCUUGAAGCUUAUUUUGAGAUCAGAAAGUUGUGCCAUUAACACUUUUAGGCUGUGUACAUUGGAGUUUAGAAGAAAGUGGGUUCAUCUUAAACGUCUAAGACUCUGGUUUGACAAGGGAGCUUUUGGAAUGUUCUCAUCACUGUCUGGGACAAGAGACAUAAAUGGAGAUAAUAGGCAGGUGGUUUAAAUCGGAUGUGUCAGAAUUUGUCAUGGAAUGCCAAAUUUUGCUUGGAGUCUCCCAUCCCUUUGAAGCUCUUCCCUUCCUCAGGGAGAAAAUAAUUGUGACUGUGUGUGAUCUUAGAGUCAGAUUUAUUGUAGAAGAAGGAACAAGCAUUGACGUAACACUUUCUUUAUCCUUGCCAUAUUCUGCCCUUUUCUACCACUAAAGGUCACUAGAGUUGUUAUCAUUAUGAUGGGAAAUACAUGGUGGUGCAUAGCAGCCUCCCACAAGCAGCAGUGAGGCAAUGAACUGGGGAUCCCACUGACAACAUUAUCCAGUACAUGGAUCUUGUGAACAGGAAUCCAUGGAUCAAAGGAAGUAAAAGUGAAUACAGUGAGGCCCCUACUAUAAAGUGCUGAAUUGGUGCUGAAGAUCAGAUCAUCGACCUUAAGGGAAAUUAUCCUGCAGCUCAGGUAGAAAUCGGCAGGUAUGACUGUGGGCAUCACUCAUCAGUAAAAGCGCUGAUCACACCAAAACAGAGCGAAAAGCUGCAGCCCACUCUCAGCUCAGAAAGUGAGGAUUGACAAUGUUAUUGGUAUUGAUUGCGGUGACAGUGUAUGAGACAAUGCACUAUAAUAGUGAGAAUGAUUGGGGAAACAGCCUGCCUCCCUCAGGAUCUGUUCAGGAGGAAGAGGAACCUCCAGCACCCACUGCCCCUAUGUGACCUGCACUCACAGUGAAAGUUCAGGAGACACCAGAGCUAGAGGGACCGGAUGUGUAAUGGUAUUUGACCCCUUUUGACAUGGCUGAAUUGAGUGCUAUAGCUGCAAAUAUAUCAAACUGUGGGCUGGGAGAUGUGGAAAAAUAUUCAUAAUUUUGAAGUUUUUUAGGUAGUUGAUCUUAUAAUGUGAUGAAAUGGAACUUGUAGAAUCCCAGAAUGCUUUGCUGUAAGCUAAAUUUUUAUGUAAGAGGAGGCAUGUAAUGUCUUGGUUAUUGUUCAUUGUGGAAAUAAAGGGAAGUUGAUGUACUGUG